AUGGAAUCAAGGAGUUUAGAUAGAACAGCAAAUAGGGGAUAUAAUGGAAGAUACCAUGCAAGCCAAAGUCUAAGUAUGGGCUCAAAAAUACAUUCUUCUUAUGCAGGAGAUAAAUUCAAUAAAUUGCACAUAAAAGAGUCUAAAAUCUUGCCAGGAAUUGGAAGCAAAAAGAGGAGCAUAAGUGGAAUGAAAGCAAUGCCAUAUGGAAUACAAACUCCUCAAAAAUUUAACCCUUUAUGAAGAGGAAGUCCAUUAAUGAAAACUGAUAAAGAAAGAACAUUAGCUAACAAAAGUAUCUAUGCACAAGCAUUAAGUCAGUAUAACAGAAGAGCAUAUAGCACAAUUCGUCAGCAUCCUCAUCAGACAGGGAUGUCUAUGAGUAAUCAUGGUGAAUUUACUCAAAGAGCUCCUUCCUUAUUUAACGAGCUAGACACUGCCAACUUAAUGGGUAAGGUAAAGCACUUGGAAAACGAAGUAUCUGAGGUAAACCAACGUGUGAGUAGAGAAAAAUAAUGAAAUUGCGGUCUUAAAACUUGAAAAAGAAACUCUUAGCCAUGUCCUUGAAAAGAAAAUAGCUGAUGGAGUACAGAAUUUAGAUAGCUAUAGUGUCUACAUUGCUAAAGAGUUCAAGAGGCAUUAUGACAAACAAAAAGUGGAGAAUUACAGACUAACAGAGCAAUUAGUUAAGAUAGGCAAAUACAGAACAUCACUUAACCAGAAAUUACUUGAGUUAACCCAAAGAGUAGAAGAGUUAGAAGAUAUUGUUGGGAUUGACUUUGAACAGCAAGAAUAACCAUGGUUUUAAGUACCUAUGAAUACCAGCCAGAUAAGCAUACCAAAUUAUGGCUUUAUCAAUAACAUAAC